AAUAAGUAAAAUUCUAGCAUCGUGCGGAUUAGGUUAUCCGUUCCGUCAGCUUGCGUCGUCGGGUUGGGUUUUUGCAAAUCCCACAAAAAUAGUUUAUAGUUUUCUUUUUGUUCAUCGUCGUGAAGUUUCCUUUUUUUAUUUUUAAUUAUUAUUUUAUUUUGUUCAUUUUAUAAUUUAAUUAAUGUCACAACAAAACGAAAAUAUCAACUCAGCUGGAAGUGCAAUUUAAAUAAUUAAAACAAAUAGAAAUCAAAAAAGAAAAGAAAAUAGAAAAAUAAAAAAUAAAAAUACAAAAUAAAAUUUGCCCAGAGUGAAGUGAAGUUAAAAAAUCAAAAUUCUCGUUCUUGUCCUGAAAAAAAAAGAAGAAAAUUCAAAUCAAAUUUCGGGUGUUCUGGUGUGAAAAUUAAAAAAAAGAAAAAUCGAAAGAAAAGUGAAAAAUAAUCAAGAAUAAAAUAGUUAAAUAAACGCGAAAAACAAAGGAAUAUCAUCACAAGAAGUCCCACAAAAAAUUCGGGGGAGCUUCAAAAAAAAACUAUACACGACAAAGCAUUUACACAACCCAGUAAAAAAGAUCCAGCAGCAAACUGUUGUCCUUAUAUUCAAAUCUCCACAUAAAUUCUGGAAAUGCAUUGAAUGCCAUGAUGCGCUACUCGGAAAUCUCCCGAGAUCUAUCCUCGGAUAGUCUUAAAUUUGUCGAGCAGCCACAUGCAGAAGAAUACAUUUACAAGAAUUUACGUGACGAAUCCCCACCGAGUGAUAUCUCAACACACAGUGGUCCAUUGUUGAGUAAAUCAUGCCACCAUCAGAAUCAAAUCGGUGGCAGUUAUAUUGCCAACAAUCGUCUGUCGUAUGGUUCGUCGACGACACCACGACAAAAAAAGGACAAAAGCCUACCGUCGAGUGCUACCAAGGAAAGGGAAUUCGAGAGAAUUCCCUCGAAAACGCUAAAUGCAAAAGGUUCGAGGAGGAAAAGUUCAAUUGGUUCGGCAUGUUUGAAUGCAAUGUCAACUUCUCCUGGUUCAGGGUGCUAUUAUUGUUAUGGAUCAACACCACCUGGAAAGACACAAAGUCUUCCACUUAACUCAUCUAUCAAGAAUUACGAUUCGGUUAUAUUGAAUGCCCUUCGAGUAACCGCCGAAGAAUUGGCCAAUCAGAUCACACUCCUGGACUUCCCUGUAUUCGCUGCCAUUCAACCAGACGAAUUGACCAGCUGUGCAUGGACCAAAAAAGACAAACACAAUGUCACUCCAAAUAUUGUUGCAUUUACUAAACGAUUCAAUCACACCAGCUUCUGGACGGUGCAGGAAAUUUUAAGCGGUGAUCUUCCCAAACAGAGAGCCGAAAUUUUAACACAUUUUAUCAAGGUUGCCAAAAAGCUUUACGAACUAAAUAACUUACAUUCGCUGUUCGCCAUAAUAUCGGCAAUGCAAAGUGCCAGCAUAUAUCGCCUCAAAAAGACUUGGUCAUGUCUCUCGAAGAAAGAUAAACAAACCUUCGAUCGAUUGGCAGAUGUUUUUAGUGAUCAAAAGAAUUGGGCAAAUUUGCGUGAGUAUUUGGAGAGCCUCCGAUUGCCGUGCAUCCCAUAUUUGGGACUCUUCCUUACCGACUUGAUUUACAUCGAUCUGGCACAUCCCCAUUCGGGUGGUUUGGAGCCAGAACAACGACGCAAUAAAAUGAAUAACAUUCUGAGGGUCAUAUCGAAUUACCAACAAUCGGAUUACACACAUCUUGUGCCAAUUGAUGCAUCACAAAAGUACCUCCAGUCGAUUAGGUACAUUGAAGAGUUGCAAAAUAUUUUUGAAGAGGAUCAAUAUAAGAAAUCUCUCAACUUGGAGCCAUCCUCUUCGGGGCCAAGUUCAUCAUCAUGCAGCUCGAAGGAAUCAUUUAAUGUUGAUGCAGCCGCACCAGCUCUUGCCUGUUUAAAUCUCUCACCCGCCAAAACAAUGGGUUCUGUGCGCAUAGCGAACGGAGCUAAAUUCAUUCCAGGCCAUAGGAAAUGCCGAAGCUUAGGCUCAAAAUUUCGUAGCACAAGUUUGCCGCGAAAUUUUUAUCAAAAGUGCAACUGCCCCAUUAUGAUGAUUGCGCCCGGAAUUGGUACGAUCUCAAAUAAGCGAUGCAAAUGCCGUAUAUUUGGCAAGAUCUCAAAUGGUCAUGUUGAUGUUACUACAAAUCACCUUACACCCGAUCCGAAUGCCGAUCACAGUGUUUUAAGUCAACCACGACAUCUGCUUGACGAUUCAGUUCUUGAAGAUGGCAGUUAUGCUCUCGGCUCUGCAGCAGAAACAACAUCGACUGAAAGCUCCGAAGGAGUGUGUCAUCGGGAUGCAUCUGAUGUGACUGAAUUAUGUGCCGCCGAAUCGUUAAGCUUCCAAGGUUGUGUUCGAAGGAAAACUGUUUUGAAAGAGGGUCGAAAGCCAGCUGUGGCUUCAUGGCAACGUUAUUGGCUACAAAUUUGGGCCAGUUCACUUGUCUACUUCCCACCAAAAUCUUUCAAAGGUAGCGAACGUUCGGAUUUCAAAAGGGAGCCGUGCAAAGUUUGUCCCUUGGACGGAUGGUGUGCACAGGUGCUGGACAAUCCAAAACACAAGAAUUCAUUUGAACUUUUCAACCCAGCCCACGGAACAGUCUACAGAUUUCGUACGGACAGUCCACAGGCAACUCAUCAGUGGACGAAUUCCAUAUGCAAAGCAGCCCAACGAAAUGCUGAUAAACCUCUUCCAACUAAUCUCAUGUCAUUUGAGUAAAGGAAAAAACAAAAUACAGUAGACGGCAAAAUAGUUGCUCUCUUAGAAAUAAAAAUCUCUCUAUCUCUAUAUUUCUCAAACAUACACAACAUUUUUCGCAUGGUCAUUGAAUUUAAAAAAAAAAAGCUAAUAGAAUUGAAGACUGACAAAAUCAAACUCAUUCACUUGCAUACAUAAAAAUACAAAACAAAAACCACGACUUAACUAACAUCCUUAACUCAACUCUACUCAUUGUCGCUCUUUAAGGAUUUUUAAUUUGCUUCAAGGAAAGAAAUUGAUACAAAAAAAACACAAAACUCGACGACAGUUUUCUACUCUUCCCAAGGGAAACCCUAAUUCCUAGUUUAUAGAUUACUAAAACAUUAAAAUACA